UGUACGAGUUUACCCUGUGUCUGUGUUCUCAUAUGAAGCCCGUCCCACAAGUCCUCUACCUCUACUGCUGUUGUUGUUGUUUCGAAGCCAAAUUCUGAUACUGCUUCAUCUAACAUUCGAUUGUACUCUUGGAUGAUGAUGGUCGGUGGUGUUUGUGGAAAACCGCGAAAUAGUUUUGUUCGAUGAAUAACUUUAUGCACGACGAUGCGGAGAUUUUGUGUGUCGAAUGUCGUUCACAAACGAAACAAGCGAGUCGACGGCUUGAUCAGGUGACCUGUCAUCAAAAUCGUUUGUUCCUGCGAACAAUAUAAACUGGGUGGCAUUAUGGAGAGUAUGGUGUGCGUACUGCGUCUGGAGUAACGCGUGAAAUGUGGAGACUCGCGCUCCGCUUUGUGACCGGAUGAGGAUGAGUGCGUAGGGGUUGAAGAAAUCGCUUGUUCUAAUUCGUUUACAUGUUGCGUCGGAGAAGAUCGUAACUACCGGUUUUCGACGUUGGGGUUUGUGCUGGUAUGGUCCCUGCCACAGUUGUGUUCGCUGCGACGGAAAUAUACGUCUCUGCUGAGCCCAACCACGUAUGUUGGACGUGAAUUUUCGUGUUCGGAUCUGUGUUGCUGCUGGUUUAAUGUAACUGACGGUGAAGGAACAUGUACACUGAUGGUAGGUGGUGGUUUAGUGUCAACAUAACACUGAUAAUUGUCAAUAAAUGGUUGAAAACGACUGCAUGUAUACGUACUUGGCGGCUAGUCUAGAACGUCCCUUUCGCUCGUCAUCACUAGUCCAGUUUCUAAUAAAUGUCCGUAUAACGCGUGUAGACUGGCCUGGAAUGCCUCUUCGACCCGUCAUGACUAGUCCGUUUUGUCCGCUAUACCCGUCUUGACUAGUUCAAAGAAUGACAUGAAUAAUUCCAUAGCCUUAGUUCGAACCAUUACACCGUCUGCGCAAAGAAACGGACGGGCAUCUGGCACAUUGUUCGAGACAAAUACGAUUGUGCCCGUCUCGAAAAAGAUACUGACGCGUGUGUGCAUAAGUUUUCUAUUUGUCACUAGUUCUUUUCUCAUUUAAUGAAGAAUAAGAUUUUAUGACUAAUGCAUUGUGCAAGUAGUGAGUGGGCAAAAAUGCACAACAAUCUCCUUUGUUUUAUCAUUUAUUAUUCAUAGUAUAAUUCGUUUAUUAUUAAUAAUACUUAGUCAGUGGAUUAGGUUAUUAGUAAUAAGAAGGGUGUAAUCAACAACAGGUAUUGCCUUUUACCACCAAUCCAUUGUGAUUUGCAUGAAUGAUUUCACAUAAAAAUCAGACAUGUAUAUAAUGCACGCGAAGUGAAACAACAUCAUUUCAGUAUCAUAAAACAAACAGAUAAACCGUUACCAAAGAGAUACACAUGUCUUCGUAUUAUCAACAAUCUGGUAAGUUUAAGCAUGUGAUGUAGAUAUAUAAAUUCACUUCACUUCUCUUUUAUAGGCUUUCAAAAUCAAAGUGUAUACGGACAGGGAUUUGGUGGUGGAUAUGGUCUCCCAAGAUAUCCCAUAAAUCAAAUGGGUUAUGGCUUAUAUCGACCACAUUUAGAUCUUCCGGGUGCAGCUUUCAGAGCCGCUGAUUAUAAUCACGAUGGUGUUCUGGAUCGAUCUGAAUUUCGACGAUUCGCCUCCGGAUAUAUGUAUUAG